UCCUGCAGGAACCCCUGAAAAAUAUCCCUGUGAAUGUCUGGCUGUGGUGCUGGGGCCCACGAAAACAUCGUAAAAACAGGUGAAAAUUGGGAUAAAUCCAUGAAAAAGCUCUGACGAUAGUCAAUGAACUUUGGCCACGUAAUCCUGCGUUGACGAGGUCGAGGGGCGAGGAGAUACACCAGAGAUCGACGCAAAAGGCAUUAGUGUGGGUUUCCCCUCGAGCUGUGGACGUCAGUGAUAAUAGUCUCGUGCCUCGAUAACUACUUUUCUUGACACCUGUUUUUCUCGAAUAUUCCUCAUAAAUUCGAGAGCUUGGAAACGAAUAUUCGUAGAUUACUGGGAACUGCCAUCGUAAUGACCCAGUGAACAACCGGAGGGGGAAACGCUGUCAAAUUCAAUGACGACUCGAAAAAUCAGAAGUUCAUUUUAACAGUCUGCCAGUUUUCAGGGAAUAUCUCGUGAUUGGGGGGAGAUUGCGGAAUUUUUCUUACAACCAACGAAAAAUUGUGGUAUGUUCGAUGGGUUUAUAGAUAUCCUGGAAGAACUCCAAAGGCUGAUGGUGUGAGAUUUUCAUAGUUGUCCUGUUUUGGGGGGAUAUCUCGGCAUCUGGUUAUAAGGUUAAUUGCUGUGUUUUUGGCAAAUUUGUUGGGAGAGACGAUGGGGACCGUCGAGGAACAGCCAGGACCUUCCAAGCCCACAGAUUUUGCUAAUAAGGAGAAGGAGAAGGACGACAGGAUGUUCGAGUGCAAUAUUUGUCUGGAUACUGCCAAGGAUGCUGUUGUCAGCAUGUGUGGACAUUUGUUUUGUUGGCCGUGCCUUCAUCAAUGGUUGGAAACAAGACCAGCAAGACAGGUGUGUCCAGUUUGCAAAGCAGCAAUUAGCAAAGAAAAAGUUAUUCCACUUUAUGGAAGGGGUGCAGCUAAACAGGAGGAUCCAAGAAAUAACGUUCCACCUCGUCCAGUGGGUCAGAGGACAGAGCCAGAAGGUGGAACUACGUUUUCUGGUCUAGGCUUUGGGGACGGAGGAUUUCACAUGUCCUUCGGCAUCGGAGGAUAUCCCUUUGCUUUCUUCACGUCGACCUUCAACUUUGGAGAGACUCGACCCAGUGCUGUACCCAGAGGUACUCCCCAGUUCGAGGAUGACGUCUUUAUCUCCAAAAUUUUCCUCUGGCUUGCGAUAAUCUUCAUUGGUUGGCUCCUAAUGGCGUAACAAAAUCUUCCUCCCCCAAUUAAAAUCCACUAUAAUACACUCAUCAUCAAAUGUGUAAUCCCAACAAUUUCAUAAAGAUAUACCCAAUCGAUUUGCGAGAUGAUCAGCUGUAUAUAUCCGAGGUAUUUAAGGUCUAGGGAGAUAAUUAAAUAGUACACUCCCAUCUCCCAACUCUAGCUUUAAGAAUAAUUCUAAUAUAAAUCAGUUUUACUCGUUGGAGAAUAUCCAUUAAUUACGUCAUGGGUUUAUGUACAUACAUAACUAAUUGUUGACAUCCUGAA